CAUUUUUUAUUUAUAUAAAGUGUGGGUGAAUUUAAACUGUAUAGCUAUGCUGUGGUUCCUGUAGGCUUUGCGUGCGGUGGGUGGGUGGGGGCCUCAAUGUCCAUUUUGCUUGGGGUCCCCAAAUUCCUUGAAACGGCCCUGAAUGGCAGCAUAUCAAAACCUCUGAAGACGUCGGAGAAGUUCUGCACGAUCGCGUCAGCAGAGUCAGGUCUGUGACGAAGUUGUCAAAAUUUUCUCCUGGCUGCUGUAGCCUCGAACGGAAUACAUCUCGUAUGUCUCGUUUUUCUUAUAGUCUGGUGGACAGCCCAUAGAGCCCCAUUGUGGACCCGGAAAUGUCGGGAGCAGGGACAUCGGCACAGAACAUAGCACACGCUAGCCACUAUGUGACAUCAACUUGGAUAACCCCCAUGGAGCCUGUACAUAAUGUAGACUGUGAACAUAAUGGCACAUGGCCAGAGCUCUCGGAAACAGACUGCACUCAGGCUAAUGCGUCAGUGUCUCUCCAGCAUCAGCUACACAGUGGAUUUCUGGGCGUGCUCUUGGGCAGUGUGGCAGUCCUGACUGUGUUCAUGAACAUCCUGGUCCUCUAUGCUGUAAGGAGGGAGCGGAUGCUGCACACCGUGGGUAACCUCUAUAUUGUCAGCCUCUCUGUGGCAGAUCUUAUUGUUGGCGCUACAGUGAUGCCCCUGAACCUGGCCUACCUGCUGGACGAUGAGUGGAAGCUGGGCCGAGCUGUGUGCCAAUUCUGGCUGGUCAUGGACUAUGUGGCGAGCACGGCCUCGAUCUUCAGCCUGUUUAUCCUGUGCCUGGACCGGUACCGCUCAGUGCGGCAUCCACUUCGCUACCUCAGGUAUCGAACGAGGGGCAGAGCGACCCUCAUGAUCUCUGGGGCAUGGCUUCUUUCCCUGAUGUGGGUCAUACCCAUUCUUGGGUGGAGAUCAUUUACUUAUGUCGAUCGAAAACCUGAGACUGAGAAAAAGUGUGACACAGAUUUCCGUUUUGUUACGUGGUUCAAGGUUCUGACAGCCACCUUGAAUUUCUAUGUCCCGUCUGUGCUGAUGCUGUGGUUCUACUCCAGAAUAUUUGUUGCUGUACGAGAACACUAUCGGCAGUGGGAGAGUAUUUUCAGUUCACAGGAUUCUUCUGCGAACAAUGGAAGUGGACACAAAGAAGUUAAUAAAGUCACUCACAGGGGCAGCCUUAUGGUGCACACCCAGGGCUUGUUAGAUCAGUACAGCCUAGAGAAGCAGUUUGAAUCCAGGGACACGAAUGAGGGGGGAAUAAAAAAACAUCAGACUGUGAGGAAGUCCCUCCACAAAAAUGGUUCAUUUUUCCAUGUCUCUGGUAAAAGCAAGAAAAAAAGUGUGAGAGACACUCAGAACAGUUUUUGCUCAAUUGGAGAUGAAGAUUUAGGGAGUGAGAGCCCAUCGAAGGGGUCAGUGCUACCAAUGACUUUUCUGCAGUCAGCUGAGGAUGAGGAUGAUCCAAAACAUAUUGUGUCAGUUAACAAUUGCAAUGUUAUGGUAGAAAACUCUGAGACUGGUGUUUGUGAGCUAACAUCCAAAGUACACCAAUUAGCUCAUGCAGUGAGUUGUAACAACCUUUCACAACCAUUUAGGGGAUCGUUGUCAGAAGAUUCAAGCCAAAAACUAGACACAUCAAAAGCAGUUGCUCUUAAACAUACCUGGCAGAAGUUUCGUGAUCAGUCCAGGCAGUGUGUCCAGAAUAUGCGCAUUCACAAGGAACGUAAAGCAGCACAACAACUGGGCUUCAUCAUCACUGGAUUCAUGGUUUGUUGGAUACCAUACUUCAUAACCUUCAUGGUGAUGGCUUUUUGCACAACUUGUGUCCAUCACGACCUACACAUGUUCACUAUUUGGCUUGGAUAUAUCAACUCCACACUGAACCCCUUCAUAUAUCCCAUGUGUAAUGAGAAUUUCAAAAGGGUGUUCAAACGAAUAUUUCAUAUUGGCACAUAACAUUUGGCCUUGGCAAAAUCCAUGGCAUCACAUGCACAUGUAGAAGAGAGUGUAGCUCAUACACUGUGUGUAUUGACUCAGUCCUGACUCAGUAAACAAAAAUACCCAUUUGUCAUUCCACAAAGCAUACUGAGAAAAAAUACUAUAUCUGGCCAAGUGAAUUAAACAUAAUAACAUAAUAAUUGGCCACUGCCAAGGAAUAUAACCUACUCCCCCCAAGAAAAGACCUUGAAUGUUGGUGAAUUUCUGUUUAAGUCUUUUCACGGUUAUUCAUAAUCUGUAUCGGGUGGAAACUUUAUAUGAAAUAUCUGAAAUGUAUACCUACCUUUGCUUAUAAGUUGAGAGUUAAAUACAUUUUAAUGACAGAAAUGUGCCAACUGCUUGACCAACAUGGUGGAGCAGAGAUUGCAUAAUGCUGCUUAUUAUGAGUUACUACAAUUUACAACAUUAAAUAAGUCAGUAAGA